GUUGGCCGCGGACGGACGCAGCCGGGGGAGGGGAAGCUGCGGCGGUGACGACGUGGAAAGAUGGACGCGGCCUGAUCCCGGCAGAGCCAAGGGGUGUGUGGGGUGUCCGGAGAGCGAGCCCGCCCGUCAGCCCGCCAGCCGCGCGGGGAGGGGAGCGACAGCCGCUGCCCCUCACCCCCUCCCGCGGGAGCAGGAGCCGGUGCUCUAAUCUACCUCCUUUAAAGGAAAAGAGCAUCCGUUUGGCUCAUUCUGGAAAUCUUCAAGUUCCAAAGGCUUCUGUUGAAGGAAUGAAGCUUUAAAAAGGAACUUACAAAAUAAGAAAAUGGGAGCAAACAGUAGCAGCAUUUGUGAGCUCCCAGAAAAUGAGUACUUAAAAAGAUUAUCGGGAGCCGAGGCUGUCUCUGAGAAUGACCCAUUCUGGAAUCAGCUGCUUUCUUUUAGCUUUACUGCCCCAACAAGCAGUGCUGAGUUAAAGCUGUUGGAAGAAGCCACCAUCUCAAUCUUCAAGUCUUUAGUUGAGAACAAUCCUCGAACAGGAAAUCUUGGGGCAUUGAUUAAAGUCUUCCUUUCUAGAACCAAAGAGUUGAAAAUUUCGGCGGAAUGUCAAAACCAUCUUUUUAUUUGGCAGGCCCACAACGCAUUGUUCAUUAUUUGCUGUUUGUUAAAAGUGUUCAUAUGUCAGAUGUCAGAAGAGGAACUGCAACUUCAUUUUACUUACGAGGAGAGAAAGCCAGGCUCAUAUGGAGUGGAAUGUGAAGACCUUACAGAAGAGUUGCUGUGUUGCCUCAUUCAGCUCAUUGUUGAAAUUCCUCUUCUAGACAUAACAUACAGCAUUUCCCUGGAAGCUGUGACGACACUUGUUGUCUUCCUUUCCUGCCAACUAUUUCACAAGGAAAUUCUGCGAGAGAGCGUCAUUCAUAAAUACCUGAUGCGUGGCCGAUGCCUCCCAUACACCAGCAGGCUUGUGAAAACAUUAUUAUAUAACUUCAUUAGACAAGAGAGAAGCCCUCCCCCAGGUUCCCAUGUCUUCCAGCAGCAGACAGAUGGAGGAGGAUUGCUUUAUGGUUUUGCAUCAGGGGUGGCAACUGGCCUGUGGACAGUAUUCACGUUGGGUGGAGUAGGAAGUAAACCAGCACCACAGCAGGAACAGUCAUCACCAUUAGCUAAUCAGAGCCUUCUGCUUCUGCUUGUGCUAGCUAAUUUGACUGAUGCUCCAGAUACACCAAACCCAUACAGACAAGCUAUUAUGUCCUUCAAGAACACACAAGAUAGCACUGCUUUUCCUUCACCAAGUCCACAUGCUUUCCAGAUUAAUUUUAACAGUUUGUACACAGCUCUGUGUGAACAGCAGAAAUCUGAUCAAGCAACUCUCCUUUUAUACAUAUUACUGCAUCAGAACAGCAAUGUUCGGACAUAUAUGUUGGCCCGCACUGAUAUGGAAAAUCUUGUUUUGCCAAUUCUUGAGAUUCUCUAUCAUGUUGAAGAAAGGAAUUCACACCAUGUUUACAUGGCUCUUAUAAUUUUGUUGAUCCUUACAGAGGAUGAUGGCUUCAAUCGAUCCAUUCAUGAAGUGGUACUGAAAAAUAUCACUUGGUACUCAGAGCGUGUUCUAACCGAGAUUUCACUGGGGAGUCUCCUGAUACUGGUGGUGAUAAGAACCAUUCAGUACAACAUGACAAGGACAAGGGACAAAUACCUUCAUACAAAUUGUCUGGCAGCCUUAGCAAAUAUGUCAGCACAGUUCCGCUCACUUCAUCAGUAUGCUGCUCAGAGAAUCAUCAGUUAUGCCUGCCGCCACUUGCGGAGAUAUGUAUAUGUCUUGGACAAACUGUAUUUCCCUCACUCUCACUGCUCUACGCUGCAGCAUUGCUUCUCGACCCUCAGUGACAAUGGAGAGGAACUUUUGUCUUUAACUUGUUCUCACAUUCUCAGAUCCUAUGCUUCCAGUUUGUUUUCUUUGUUGUCUAAAAAACACAACAAAGUUUUGGAGCAAGCCACACAAACCUUGAGAGGUUCCCUCAGUUCAGAUGACUCUCCACUUCCUGAUUACGCACAAGACCUGAAUGUGAUUGAAGAAGUGAUCCGAAUGAUGUUAGAGAUUAUCAAUUCCUGCUUGACAAAUUCUCUCCAUCACAACCCCAAUUUGGUGUAUGCACUGCUUUACAAGCGGGAUCUGUUUGAACAGUUUCGAACUCACCCUUCCUUCCAGGACAUAAUGCAAAAUAUAGACCUGGUGAUCAGCUUUUUCAGCUCACGGUUAGAGCAAGCUGGAGCCCAGCUGUCAGUGGAGAGAGUUCUGGAAAUUAUCAAACAAGGAGCUGUUGCAUUGCCCAAAGACAGACUAAGAAAAUUCCCAGAACUGAAGUUUAAGUAUGUGGAGGAGGAGCAGCCUGAAGAAUUCUUCAUCCCCUAUGUCUGGUCCCUGGUGUACAAUUCUGCUGUGGCCCUGUACUGGAACCCACAGGACAUCCAGCUUUUUACUAUGGACUCUGGCUGAGGGAGAGCCAGCUCUGCUCUGUCUUAUUACAGGUGAAGAAACUCAAAACUGCGUGUGACUAUGUGACCCCUCCCAGCGUGCACCCUCUAAACCCGAAGCUUAGUGAGAAUGAAGCUUGCUACUAUUGUACAGAGCGACUUUGACAUUUUGGUACCAGACUGCAGCAGACACACUGG